AUGGAACCUGAACGAGACUGGAGUCACGACUGUUUUAAAGCCGAAGAAGAUAGUGGCUCAAAAAGGCACAAAACAGACUUGUUUUUAAGAGAUGGACCCUCUGAGGCAAUUGGAGCUGGGAAUAAAUCAGGAUGGAUGACUGCCACUGAAUUCCUCACAUUUAUGGAUCAUUUUAUCAAGUUCACGAAAUCCACUCCAGAAGAACCAGUGUUACUAUUAUUAGACAACCACUCGUCACAUAUAGACAUCAACGUAGUUGAGAAAGCUAAAGCAAACUCAAUAAUAAUGCUGUCGUUCCCACCUCACUGCACACACAGGCUACAGCCACUGAAUGUGGGCAUCAAUAGGCCUUUUAAAUCCUAUUGUGCUAAAGCUCAAGACAACUGGCUACGAAAUCACCCGGGAAAAACAAUGUCAAUUUAUGAAAUUCCCGGAAUUGUUAAAUCGGCAUGGCCUUUAGCAGCAAUCCCUGUAACUAUUAUGAACGCUUUUAAAAAGGCUGGAUGUCCCUUUAACCCUGGCGUUUUUACAGAGGAGGAUUAUGCACUAUCUUUCGUAACAAACCGGCCACUGUUACAAGCUGCGUCGUCUCAAGCUGAAUCAAAUGAGGAACCCCACCAGCCUUCUAGCAGUUCAGUUGCGAUUGAAAUGGUUGACCAGCCAGAACCAUCCAAUAUUCAAAUAUUACCUCAGAUUAAUUUGCAGCCGGAAUCUAUAACCAUAAACACUUCAACAUCGGGACAGAUUGGUGAACCACCUCAACAAUCUACAACAGAUCAGGGUGAUGUUUCUCAGGCUGCCUCUGUGACCAUUAAUAUUGCCCACGAACUUCAAUUAACACCAGUAAAGACAAAUGCUUCGGCUGUGUUUAACACUGAAAUUAUAAAGCCUUUACCAAAGGCACCCCCAAGAUUGCAGACGGCUACAAAACGCCGUAUAAGAAAGACGGCUGUUUUGACUGACACGCCAGAAAAAAAUGCUUUAGCUGAAGAAGAGGCAAGGGAAAAGGAAAGGGAAAACCUCAAGAAAAAGCUAAACGAAGAGUAUUACAAGAAAGCGAGAGUGAUAGUGAUGAUGAGGAUCUAG